UUUUAACCAAGUAUAUUUAGAGUUUUAUCGCCGCAAGUUCGCUCCGAACAGCUCCGCCCUUCCAGCGCGAAAUGAAGUGUUUUCACUUUACAUGUUUGCUACCGAGCGGAGUUUCAAAUAUCGCGCCAGUUGAACACUUUCAACUGCCGCCACCGCUGCCACAAUGGUAAAUGGCCACCUGUGGCCAUCCUACACACUCAAAAAUAGCACAGGUCUUACUAAACAACCCGUACUGAGACUUGCCCUGGGCUUGUGGCCAUAUUUUCUAGCUAGAGAGCGAAACGAGCAGGUGAAGGACCCAUAUAAUUGCUGCUGGUGGCGCUGCUGCUGUUUCUGCUAAUGGUCGUAAUAGCAGACCAGCAGUACCUACAUGCACGUGAAGUCACAGGGACGCUGCGUACCCUCCCAUUACCCAAAUAGAGUGAAGACCGCAUUACGAGUCAAUACCUGGAAUAAAUAGUGCGAUAAACGUGAGUGCGGGUGUGACUGUGCGUCUAAACAAGCAUCAACCUGGAUCUGGUUGGGCCAGGACAAGGACGUACGCAAGCAGGUGGUGUUUUGCAGUAUAACAACAGCAGCAGCGGCAACAACGACUACGGCUGCAGUGGCUGGCGCAGCGCGAUGGGUGGUGGUUCGCGGGAAUCCCCACACGAUUCGGACGCCCGGCACCAGGUCAGCGGGGCGCCUGACGAGGACGAGAUCUUCUGCGAUUUCCAAUUGUUUGACGAACAUGGUAACCAAGCAGAACGGUUUCGUAAGACCUUUUACUACGGUGAACUUCCUUGGUACUCUGAGCGGCCAUCGUUGGCACUUACCUCACUUGCCCUCGAAUUUUUCGUGAGAUCUCUUCCUCCACCGGAUGAGCUACGGUAUCUUGAUAUGGACUACGCAUCACGGGUUAUGAGGAAUGCAUGCGUUACUCCGGCGUCCGUUGUCUUAGCAAUGGUGUAUGCAGACAGACUUCGCACGUACAAUCCACAAUACCUUGCUAAAACGAACUCUUGCGACCUUUUUCUCGUCUCGAUGAUGGUCGCCUCGAAGUUUCUCUAUGAUGACGGCGUUGAAGACGAGGUUUAUAAUGACGCAUGGGCCAAAGCCGCUGAUCUCGAGGUUUCCGCACUCAACCGCGAAGAAAGGCGCUUUCUAGGAGCGAUCAACUGGAAUCUAUUUGUUCGUCCAGCGGAAUACGGUACGGUGUUAAAGGAUAUUGAACAGAGAAUCGCCCUUCGGGAACUCGCCAAGCGCCAACACUAUAUGCCAACUUCGACUACUUUCCCAUCACAAAUCAGUAAUGCCACGUACACCGAAUUGCAAGUUCUUGCCAGCAAUCCGCGCACUCUUGCCGCCAUCUACAACAUUCUUUGUGACUACGUUCUGAAGGUUGCCACUGUCUCAUUGGUUGGUUAUUGUGCGUGUUUGCUCACUGUUGCCGCCUCCGUAGCAGUCGUUCAUUUAAUAUCACUCGUAGCCAAACCGCCUACCGUUACUCCAAGAACUACCACCGCCCCAACCUCACGUACCGACAAUAUCAACUGCACCGGAACCACUGUUCGAAUUGGACUUAAUCCACAGCGGGUUCUGACGACCCGGCCAGGCUGCGCAGCUACGGCUCUAACGCCUGUUCUCUCCGUUCCUGCGUAUUCUGGUCUUCUCCUCGAGCACCAGAAGGAGCUACGGAGCGUUCUGAGAGGAGAUACAACCCCGCACCUCGUCAACGACAAAAGUCACAAGGCUAACGAAAGCGAGCCAGAGGCGACCAUGGAUUCGUACGCAGUUUCUAACAACACCAUGUGCUGUUUACAAAAUCUCGUUAGCUGUCUCGUCACGGAUGGCUUACACAUAUCUGGUACAACACAGAUUCGAACGGAAAUGACUACGCUCGAUAUUCGGUUUUGGGAACUCUUAAAACGGGUCAAGAUGUCUACCCAGCUGAAAGGUUUUGCGCGGCCCUAUGGCGUCGUAAGUUUUUCGGGAGACAUCGUAUUCGCAUAAAACGACUUAACAAAUAAUAGUAAUAAUAUAGUUUGCUGGCGAGUCACGAACGAUAAGUGGGUUCUUGUUUUGUGGUCGUCAAAAAGGCGGCAGUAACAGGUUAAAGUGCAGGUCAAUGGCGGAUUUCCAAUGGAUGAACGUAAUGCAACAGAAUGUGUAUUUCACUCAGAAAAAGUUGCCCGCUAUAUUAUUUGCUAGGCUGCAAUUGAUCUUGCAAACGAUGUACUGCCGGGUGCCAAUUUUUUUCCCGAAAAACUUAUUCUCGAUCACAAAACGCCCAGCUAAUUGAGCUCAUAACGUCUCUUAGAAUAUACAUAAGCGCAAGAUAUGAUGACGAGGCGAGUCUGCCCAAACACCGUGAAACUUAAAGUAAAAAAACCCCGAAUAUAAUACACUAAGCGCGUAUCUAAUUCACGUAGACCACGACUUGUUGUUCAAGUAGAGCUGUAAUCAGAUAGAAUACUAUGUGCGUGUGUUUCCUGCAGCCAAUAAUAUUUAAAAUGAUCACAAUAUAACACGUGCUAAUUAAUAAUAUAAAAAUACAGAUGUAAUGAGGAAUUUGUUCGCCCGGUUUAACCAAAAUGUGAAGAUGUUUGCGGAGCAAAGUGAUUUCGUUUGAUGUGCAGAAUAUAAUUUAAAAAAGUAUAUUGAAUAAAUGCGACAUAAUUUUGCGUA